ACAGUUCCUGCUUUGGCAGCGAAGACGGAAGAAAGCAGCUUUAAAUCAUCAGAGCCUCAAACAUGAACGCCCGUCACUCUCUGAUCUGCUUCUUCUUCCUCACACUGAGGGAUGGAAACAUUGGGCUCACCAACGCACAAAACCCCCUCCGUACAGAAACUGAAGGAGAAAACAUCACAGUUGCAUGCUCUUUUACUUUAACUGGAAGAAGGAAGAUCUUCUGUAAGGGAAAAUGUGAAGAAGGAAACAUUCUAGUAGAAACGACUGGAGACUCAGCUCAGAGAGGCAGAUACAGCAUCAGAUAUGUGGAAGGAUCUCUAUUAUCUAAUGUAGCUCUGUAUGUGAGCAUCACAAAGCUGACCAAGUCUGACGCAGGACAGUACCAAUGUGGUCUGGACAGAUCUGUCUUCGACUCAUAUCAGGACUUUGAGAUCAGAGUUACAGAUGCUCCAGCCACUUCAAAACCAGAAGUGAGUCUCCAACCGUUUUCAACAUCAGCCCCAUCAGCCUCCACACUGACCACCACUCAGAGUCUGAGCUCCGUACCUUCCUCAGCUUCCCCUGAACGCACUACGCAGCCUCAACAGGGACAGACAGCUCCAGCUGGUCCAGGUGUGGUGCUGUAUGUGCGUCUGACUCUGGUCGUCAUGGUCAUCGUACUCUCAGCGUCUGUGCUGAUAUUCUGCUGGAAGAGGGCCAGGAAACCCAGAGAAACUGCUGAUGAAGCUGAGUAUGUCAAUGUCACAGAGGCUGACAGAGAGUGUGAGGAGGUCAGAGAGGAGGAAAGAGGGAGCAGAUCUCCUCCUAUAGAAAUGUCUGUCCUCUCCACUUCCCACUGCAGACACUUCUCAGAAGACAGUAAGUAACACUGAGAUAUGA